UCCAAAGAAUAUGCCUUUGAAGUGUAAAAUGACUGAACUGGUUUGAGAGGUGAGGGAGGAGGGGCAGGAGAGGACAGAAUGAGAGAGAGAGAGACCGAUUUAGGAAAGCGUUUCAAAAAUCAGCUUAGUAAUACAGUUCUGUCACUUCAGCUUUACUCUAUCAUGUUAUCCGCAAUAACUAAUUUGGUUUGCUCUGCAUGUGCAUAGCUUUUCUUUCAACACUGAAAUUUUAACAGCACCAUCAUUGCCUCCACGCAUUCACGUUUUACUCCAGUGCUUGCGGAUUAGGUUAAUUCAACAGGUCAGUAGAACUUCUCCAUAUUUUCAGUUCCUCGCAAACUUGGUGCCUGAUUUUUCUCCCCGCACAGACCUCCUUAAAAGUCAAUAGGAGUUGUGCUGUUACUCAAAAAAAAAAAAAAAAAAAAAAAAAAGUUUAAUUGCAAGCUUUUGUGCUCUUUUUAUCUUAAUAUCUGUAAAUCUUUUCUAAUUAGUAAGAUAAACAAAUUGUUAGAUCAGAAUGCUUACACUAGUGAAUGCAAUCAGUUGCAGGCAAUAUUAGCCUAUUUACUGGUAGGUUUUUUUUAAUGUGUUUGCAUGUUUAUCUAUAUAUAUAUUUGAGUGUAUCAGUAAAUAAAAUAAAGUUAUAUAGGACCAAUAAGGCCACAGGAAGUAGUAAUAGUCAAAAUGAAGUUUAAUACAAUCAGAAUUUUGGCUCGUUUUUAACCUUAGCACUUUAACCUGCUAAAACUAAUUAAUCUUGUAGAGAAAAGGUGAAAUCAGCUCUGGUGUAGUGAUGUAUGUUCCUAACAUCUCAGUCAGGAUUUGGACCCCAUUUUGGAUCAGUGACAAACCUCAGCAAUUGUGAUGUGAGAUUAAAAAAAGAAAAAAAGAAAAAAGCUCAGUUACAACAAAUUAGUAUCAGAAUUUGUAAGAAAUUUAAUAUGCUGUCAAGCAAAGAGGCUUAAUAUGACUUAAAUUUGUGGACUUAGGCUUGUCGACUUACAAGCUGCUUACAUGCUUGUUAAGCAAGUGCUGAAGUUGGUUCAUACGUAAAAGUAGCAGCGGUCACAGGCCAAGGGCUUCACGUUGGAGGUGAGCUGGAACUGAAGAGUACGUUCAGCCCUCUGUCUCUCUCGCUCCCUGUCUCUCCCCCUGGCCUUUUUCUUUGGUACUAAAUUUAAAAAUGAAUCAGUGUUAAAGAAUUAUGCUUCUUUGAGCAGCAGCCUUCUAGCCAAGGCCUGAACCAGGAAUAUAAGCUUCUGAGAAGACUGAAGUUGCUAGACAUUGAAUUCGAAGGAAAAAUGGUAUUGUAUUCAAAGCCAGCGAAACAUGUCUAACUAGAGGCAGAAAUGGUAAUGUCCGUGAAUAGCUAUGACUACUGCAGGGCAGUAUUUGCCCUCCUGCUAUGAAUCCUCCUACACACUCACAACUUUGCAUAUUUCAACAGAAGUGUACACAGAGCAGCUUGGGUAUUUUCCACAUCAGUUGAUCUUACCUACUGAAAGAAGAUGGAGCUCCAAAAAUCCUCUCUCAAAAGUACCAAAUUUUCCUGAAGAAAGUUGUUGCAAGGAAGUGACUUUUAUUGUUGGAGGAUGUUUUUAAAGACAGCUUUUGAAAAAUAUGCGUGUGUAUGUGUGUAGAAGCACAUGCACAGCUUUUUAUUUCGAUUUUGGAUUCCAGGUGUGUUUCACAGAAUCCAGAAGGUUGUUUCUCCUCUGUCAAUAUUUGUGACCAGUUAAUGAUCAAUCUCUUGACCUCAUGGCUGUUCCUGGUGUACAUCCAAAUCUUUCUUCUGUCUUCCCUUAAAAAAAAAAGAAAAGAAAAAAGUGAGCAGCAGGAGGCCAGAGGCUUCUGAACACUCACAAAAAUGGAGAGAGGUUCCUCGCUUGUGAUGUUUCUCCUACUAAUGUGCUCCAUCGACAGCAGCUGUCCAUUUUCACAUGCAGUGUUUAUGAGAAAAGAUAAAGCACACGAGGUGCUGAAAGUCCAUAAACGUGCCAACUAUUUUCUGGAAGAGAUUUGUCCAGGGAACUUGGAGAGAGAAUGCAUUGAAGAAAAGUGUUCUUUUGAGGAGGCCAGGGAGAUUUUCCAUUCACAGGAGAAAACGAUGGAGUUUUGGUUCAAUUACAAAGGUUUAAAUCCAUGUAAUACAAAUCCCUGUAAGAAUGGUGGAGUCUGCAAAGUAAGACAGUACAAUUACUUCUGCAUGUGCCCCCCAAGAUUUGGAGGAGAUAACUGUGAAAGAGAGAAGCUGGAAUGCUGGUACAAGAAUGGGGGGUGCUGGCACUAUUGCCAAGACACCACAAGAGCCUUUCAUGUGGUGUGUUCCUGCGCAAAGGGUUACACCCUGCAUGAGGAUGGGAAGAAAUGCGUGCAAUCAGCACCAUUUCCAUGUGGACUCAUUAAAGUCAGACGUGCUUUGGAACAAGAGCCCCUGGGGCAGACAGUGGUACCGAGAGGCCUGCAAGACAUGGAGAACAAUGUUACUGAGUGGCAUGAGAGCGUGGAGGGCACUGUUAGCCAAAAGGAGAUGGAUGCCGCCAUGGAGACCAAGUCAUUAGAGGAUGCUGUUGGGCAAAGCAAGAUCAUGGAGGGCGACUCUGGGCAAAACGAGUUGGCAGAAGAUGCUUCCAGCUGGAACAAGACAACGGUGGCGGCUGUUAAACAGACCAAGAUGGGGGAUGGUGCUGCUGGGCAGAAGGAGGGUGUCCCUGAGCACAGCGAGACAGUGGAGGGGACCACCAGGCCUAACACAACCGGGAGAGGCAAGAGUAGACGGUAUGAGCAGACGGUGGACGCUACAUGGCAGAAUGCAACAACAGAAGCCACUGCCAGGCAGAACGAAACAGUGGAAAAUGCUGCUGGGCAAAACGAAACCGCUGAGAGCACUGCUGGCCUGAACGAAAUAUGGGCAAUUCAAAACGGGCAUGCCGAUCGUCUUCAGAGCAGUGAUGGGGAAAAUGUUUCAGUCACGCCUCAGUACACUCAGCUAAACAUCACUACUUCAGAACAUGGCAAUUCCAGAAUAACCGGAGGAACCUUUUGUCACCGUGGACAUUGCCCCUGGCAGGUUUUGAUCCGAAGUAGCAGAGAUAUUGGUUUCUGUGGAGGGAGUUUAAUCAGCAGUCGCUGGGUGAUCACUGCUGCUCAUUGCCUUGAUCUUGUUAGACCACACCAUAUUACUGUAGGAGAUUUUGACAAGUAUCAACGAGAAAUGAAAGAACAGAAGAUUGACGUGGAACGGAGCUGGACGCAUCCACACUACGACUCCAAUAACUACAAUAGUGACAUUGCCUUGUUAUACUUGAGCAGCGACGUUAUUUUUAAUGAGUACGCAAUCCCCAUUUGCCUUCCUAGCCCCAACCUUGCAACCCUGCUAACUGAAGAAGGAAAAGUAGGGAUGGUAAGUGGAUGGGGUGCCACUCACCCCCGAGGUGCUGCUCUGCGCUUCCUCAUGAAAGUCCAGUUGCCCAUUGUAAGCAUGGACGCGUGCCAGCGGUCAACAGACAAACUGGUUACUGAUAACAUGUUCUGUGCCGGCUACGAGGCUGAAACUGCGGACGCCUGCAAAGGGGACAGUGGCAGCCCUUUUGCAGUGUCUUACCGCAACACUUGGUUUCUCUUAGGGAUUGUCAGCUGGGGUGAAGGCUGUGCUGAAAAAGGAAAGUAUGGUGUGUAUACGCGUGUUGCCAAUUACAUUCCAUGGAUUAAAGAGGUUGUUGAAAGUGUACCAGACUCUGAAAAGAUUUUACAUUAACUAUUCCUAAGACCAUUUUUAAAAACAGGGAAAACUGUAAUGUAACCGGUUUCAGUCUGAGACACUAUUCAGUUCCUGUCCUUAAUAGUAUAAAACCAUACUUA